AGGCUACGCUCCAACCCAAUAAAAGCCAGCCAUACGUACAAAAGGAUUGUCACGCUACUAAGUCUUCUCAGUUACUUUCUCUGCUCGCUCAGUCACAGCACAGUGUAUAUUUCGCAACUACACCAUCGCCAUGCUUACACCUUGCCUUUUUUCGUUUCACUAAUAAAUAAAUAACACUAAUAUAUUGAUAUUAAUACAUCGUAGACCAAAUCAGAACAAUCAAACAGCCUUUUUCUGUGUCUCUUCAACGCAACAACUAGGGAUUCGUUCUUCGCCAUCUGCACAGUAUUAUGACUGAAAACGCGUGUUACGUGUGAAGCAUUGUCAGGAAUUAUAUGGAUUCUUUCAAUGCUCUGUUAGGGUUUAGAGCUGAUUCUUGCACUGGUUUAUUGAAAUGUGCGCAAUGGAGCGAAAGAUCAUUGAUUUUGACCAAGGUUGGGACUAUAUGCAGAAGGGGAUUACCAAGCUGAAGAAAAUUCUUGAAGGAGCACCAGAAACUCCUUUCAGUUCUGAGGAAUACAUGAUGCUAUACACAACCAUAUAUAAUAUGUGUACUCAGAAGCCUCCGAAUGACUUUUCACAACAGCUUUAUGACAAGUACAAGGAUGCUUUCGAUGAAUACAUCAAAAUCACCGUUUUGCCAUCUCUAAGAGAGAAGCAUGAUGAAUUCAUGCUGAGGGAGCUUGUCCAAAGAUGGCUAAAUCAUAAAGUCAUGGUCCGGUGGCUUUCGCGCUUCUUCCAUUAUCUUGAUCGCUACUUCAUUUCUCGACGCUCCCUGCCUGGACUCGGUGCAGUUGGCCUCACUUGCUUCCGUGAAUCGGUUUAUAUGGAGGUACGAGUCAAUGCUAGGAAAGCUGUGAUUGCACUUAUUGAUAAAGAACGUGAGGGUGAACAAAUUGAUAGAUCGUUGUUGAAAAAUGUUCUUGAUAUAUUUGUUGAGAUUGGUAUGGGUGAAAUGGGUCAAUAUGAACAGGAUUUUGAGGUACAUAUGCUUGAGGAUACUGCCGAUUAUUACAAAAGUAAGGCUGCAAACUGGAUUGAGAUUGACUCCUGCCCAGAUUAUAUGCUUAAGGCUGAGGAUUGCUUGAGAAGGGAGAGAGAUAGAGUGUCUCAUUACUUACACUGUAGCACUGAGCAGAAAUUGGUAGAGAAAGUGCAACUAGAGCUGCUGGUGACUCAUGCAAAUCAAUUACUCGAGAAAGAGAACUCUGGCUGUCAUGCCUUACUUAGAGAUGAUAAGGUGGAAGAUCUGUCUAGGAUGUAUAGACUUUACCAUAAAAUACCUAAAGGCUUGGAUCCUGUUGCCAAUGUAUUCAAGCAGCAUAUUACGGUUGAGGGUACAUCAUUGGUUCAACAAGCUGAAGAAGCUACUAGCAAUCAGACUACAAAUGGUUCUGGCUUUCAGGAACAAGUCCUUGUCCGUAAAUUUUUAGAGCUCCAUGACAAAUAUAUGGUGUAUGUUAAUGAUUGCUUUAUGAAUCAUACACUGUUCCACAAGGCAUUAAAGGAAGCAUUUGAGAUAUUCUGCAAUAAAACUGUUGCUGGUAGUUCCAGUGCUGAACUUUUAUCUACAUUCUGUGACAAUAUCCUUAAGAAAGGUGGAAGUGAGAAGCUAAGUGAUGAAGCAAUUGAAGAUACCCUUGAGAAGGUAGUCAAGUUGCUUGCAUAUAUCAGUGAUAAGGAUCUCUUUGCAGAAUUUUACAGGAAAAAGCUUGCCCGAAGGUUACUUUUUGACAGGAGUGCAAAUGAUGACCAUGAAAAGUGUAUUUUGACAAAGUUAAAGCAGCAGUGUGGUGGCCAGUUCACAUCAAAGAUGGAAGGGAUGGUGGUAGACUUGACAUUGGCUAGGGAUAAUCAGCUGAAAUUUGAGGAGUAUCUUCGUGAUAACUCACAUGUAAAUCCUGGAAUUGACCUGACAGUAACUGUGCUUACCACAGGAUUUUGGCCUAGUUAUAAGUCUUUUGAUCUCAACCUUCCUUCAGAGAUGAUCAGGUGCUUGGAAGUUUUUAAGGGCUUCUAUGAAACGAGGACAAAACACAGAAAACUUACUUGGAUAUACUCUCUGGGAACAUGCCACGUCACUGGCAAGUUUGAAACAAAAAACAUUGAACUAAUUGUGCCAACCUAUCCAGCUGCUGCCCUACUGCUAUUCAACAAUGCUGAUAGGUUGAGCUAUUCAGAGAUUAUGACUCAGCUGAACUUGGGCCAUGAAGAUGUUGCUAGAUUGCUCCAUUCACUGUCAUCUGCAAAAUAUAAGAUACUUAUCAAGGAGCCAAACAAUAAAGUUAUAUCUCAAAGUGACAUCUUUGAGUUCAACUACAAAUUUACGGAUAAAAUGAGAAGGAUCAAGAUCCCUCUACCACCAGCUGAUGAAAGGAAAAAGGUAAUUGAAGAUGUUGACAAAGAUCGGCGAUAUGCCAUUGAUGCAGCAAUUGUGCGCAUUAUGAAGAGUAGGAAAAUUUUGGGUCAUCAACAAUUAGUUUUGGAGUGUGUUGAGCAGUUGGGCCGCAUGUUCAAGCCUGACAUCAAAGCAAUCAAGAAGAGGAUUGAAGAUCUCAUCACUCGGGACUACCUUGAAAGGGACAAAGAUAACCCAAACACCUUCAGGUAUUUGGCAUAAAUGGAAGUUACUAAUGUAUAGAGUGGCCAGUGUUAUAGCCUGCAAAUGAGCACUAGGGUUGCCUUAAUUUGAUUCUUAGGGAAGUACAGUUGAAAGUUCUGACGGUUACACAAUGCUGUAAAUGAUCGUAGUCGAUUGCUUGAUUCAGUAACACCAAGAGCGAGAUUCUUUUGUCAUACUUGACAUUUUAAGAGCUAGUUUAAGAUACAACAUACGUACUGGAGCGAAGCAAGAUAUUGUACCAAAUACGUUGUUUUCAUAUAUAUCUUGAUUACUUUAAUGGAAAGUGAAGGUGGGAAAGUGAAGGUGGCACAAUGAAAGAUUGAACCUUGAUAUUCUACCUAAGUGCUACAAAUUGAGGCAAGCUAGUGUGGCUCAUCGGCCGUUGUUGAUAUCAACUGCUUUAGCAAUAUAUUUUCUGGCUUUAUCCUUUAUAAUUUCGGAUUAUCUCUUCUCUGUCUUCUUUCUUUGCUCAGUAGUUUAGAUUAGUCAUUUGAUCUUAUGUAUCUAUUUAAGAAAAUUAUGCAUAUUUCACAACUUAAUUUUAGGGGUUAUUAAUAUGAUUGAUAGAAUUUUCUCAAUGGA